UUAUGGAUUUAAAAACGCAAUAUAAACGAAGCGACGCGAUGGAGCCAGCCGAAAGUCCAGAAAAAUUAAUAAAAUCCGUACGCCGUAGUGACGUACUGAAAAACGUGAGCAAUAUGAGUGCCCACGAUCUGUCGUGCGGUGAUCUCUCCGACAUCGAUCUCAAGGACGUGCCCGCCCAACUGGAGGCCACUUUGAAACCGCGUCGCUACGAAGCAAGCACUUUGUUUAACAUUGACCUGGACGAAAUCUGGGAACCCAGCUGUGAGGAGAACGAGGUGCAGCAGUACAAGGAGCGCGCCCAGAAGGAGCAGCAAAAGUUCUUUGACUUCGUGAUGCAUGCGGCUCUGGACACGGACAACCGAAAGGUUAACUUCCAGCCCAACAAGGAGCAGCAACGUCACCUAGAUCAGGGCCCCAAUUUGCAGAACUUCGUGCGAGGCUCAUUGGCUUUUACAAAUUCGGCCAUCCGAUUUCAGGCGGAGCACGAGGACAUGAUGGAGCUGCAGUGCAAUUUGGAGGAUCAUUACCUGUAUAUGAGAAACACCAUGAUUAACAACGCUAUACACCAGAAUUUGGCCGGCCAACGAAGGUCCUAAGCUAUGCAUAGAUAUAAGUAAAUAGUAAAUGUCGAUAAAGUAAAUUAAGACUGCUAAGAUUGUA